AUGGGGAAGCGGACGAAGGGACAAGAUCGCGACAAGUACUACCGCUUAGCCAAGGACCAGGGCUUCCGUGCGCGUUCGGCGUUUAAGCUCAUCGAGAUCAACAAGAAGUAUGACUUCCUCAGUUCGGCCAAGGUUUGCAUCGACCUGUGCGCUGCCCCCGGCGGGUGGUGCCAGGUGGCCGCCAAGCACAUGCCUCGCGGGAGCAUCAUCCUCGGCGUGGACCUGCUGCCCAUCCGCCCCAUCCCGAACGUGAAGACGCUGGUUCACGACAUCACCACGGACGAGUGCCGCACGGCCCUCAAGCGCGAGAUGCAGACUUGGAAGGCGGAUGUGGUGCUCUGCGACGGUGCGCCAAACGUGGGUACCGCCUACAAGAAGGACGCCUACGAGCAGAACGAAAUCGCCCUCCACGCGCUGCGGGUGGCCACGCAGCACCUCAAGAAAGGGGGUACCUUCGUGACCAAGGUUUACCGGUCCCAGGACUACAACUCGCUCAUGUGGGUCAUCCAGCAGUUCUUCGAGGAACACCAGGCUGUGAAGCCCGCCUCAAGUCGAAGUCAGUCGGCAGAAAUCUUCGUGGUCGGCCGCAACUACAAGGCUCCCGACUUCAUUGACUCCCGCAUGCUCGAGCCGAAGCAUGCCUUCCGACAGGACUACGACGUCGAAGGAGGUCAGAAGGGUCUGUCGAUUUUUCACAAGAAGUACGAUCAGCACAACAAGCGUCACCGUCAGGGGUACGCGGACGACCUGGGCAUGAGUCUCAGCAGGGUUGCAAAGGUCUCCGACUUUGUCAAUGCGGAAGACCCGGUGAGGGUGCUCACUGACACACACGUGCUGGAGUUCGGUGCGGAUUGCCAAGUGUUUAAGGACCACCGGGCAACCACCGCUGAAAUUCAGCACCUUUGCUCAGACCUUCGGGUGCUGGGGAAGGGAGACUUUAGGCACCUCAUCAAGUGGCGGAUGCGAAUGGUCAAGUACCUCGAGGAGCUGAAGGCAUUGGAAGGCGAGAGCGGGGACGAGGGUGAUGAAGAGGGGGAGGGGGGGGAAGGGGGUGACGCAGCGGAGGUGCCCAUGACGGAGGAAGAGAAGGAGGAGGAGGUCCAGGCGGAGAUCAGGGCACUACAGCUCAAGGCACUGGCUCAGCGGAAACGGGUCCGCAAGAAGGAGCGCGAGGCUGCCGGGCGGCUCCGGUCCCGCGUGGCAAUGGGGAUGGAGAACACUGCGAUCGACCUACCGGACGAGGAGGGGGUGUUCUCGCUCGCGAGCAUCAAGACCGGGGGCGAUCUGGAAUCGAUUCGUGACGUGGACUUGUCCAAGCUGGAGUCCUCUGCCAUGGACGUGACUGUCGACAAUGAAGAGGAAGAGAGUGGCGCCGAAGAUGGUUCUAGCGACGAGGACGAUGACAGCGAUGCUGAGGACGUCAAGCUGGAAGCCCACCUUGCGGAGGGGUACCUCCGUUUUCUUCAAGCGAAAGACGAAAACCGGCGAAUGGAGGGCACGAGGCUGGCCAAGCGGAACAAACAAGCCAAGGCGGCCAAAGCGGCAGAAGAAGAGAUGGAAGACAUGGCCCUUUACGACGGCGACCAGCAGCGUUACCUUCAGCUCCUCGCUAACGGCGGAGAAGAAGAAGUAGGCAUCGAUGCCAGCGAUGUCGACAGCAGCGACGACAUCAGCGACGACGACGAUAGCGAUGACGACGUGAGAGAUAAACUGAGCUCCAGCGUGUCUCGGGCCGUUGGGCGAGGCAAGCGCGGUAGGGGCGCCAUGGGAGCGUCGGCGGUGGUUUCGGAUCCGAACCCGCUCAUGGCGGAGAUCGGGUCGAAGUCGGAGCGUAGGCAGGCGGCGGCGCAGCGGUGGUUUAGCGACCCUCUGUUCGCCGGCAUCGACGACACCCUCGAGGGUGGCGAGGAGGAGGAGGAGCAGGAGGCGGACGAUAAGGCUUCUGGCGUUGUGCCACCUUCGAAGAGAAAACGAGGCAGCGGGGAGGAAGACAGGGCGAAGCGAAGAGGGGCAGCAGGCGAAGAGCUUGGUGCUGCGGAGGCCCUGAUUGCGGCAAUGCCAAAGACGGAUAAGGAGAAGCGCAAGGAAAAGAGAAAGAAGGCGGCCGAGCGUAAGGAGCGAAAGGAGAGCAAGAACAGCAAACGCAUGGGGGAGGAUGGCAUCGCCGAUGACGACCUCCAGGUCGUCUCCGGAGAGCGCGACCUCGAGAACCUGGACCCCAAAGAACGGGUGAAGCUCGAAAAGAAGCGGGGUCUUAUUCGAGCCGGUAUGGGUGCGGCUGCCGAUGAGGCGGAAGACACCGGGUUUGAGGUCGCGAAGGCGAGCGGCGCGGCCAUGGCGAUGUUGGGGAAGCGGUACAAGCCCAAGUUUGCGGUGGACGGGCUUGAUGUGGAGGACGACAGGGACUACGGCUCCGACCAGGAGCCGUAUGACGACGAGGACCGUGCAAGGCAGCUCGCCCUCGGCACGAUGAUGCUCCGAAAGCACCGUGCGAAGGAGAUGGUUGACGCGGCGUACAACCGUUUCAGCUGGAACGACGACGCUGACCUUCCUGAUUGGUUCGUCGACGACGAAAAACGGCAUUACCGACCACAGGUGCCGCUGCCACCCGCACUCGUGGAGCAAAUGAAGAACAAGUUCAUGUCUCUGGCCACGAAGCCGAUCAAGAAGGUGGCGGAAGCGCGAGCGAGGAAGCGUAAGAGGGCCGCCCAGCGACUUACCAACGCCAAGAAGAAGGCUACCGCCCUUGCCGCCAACCCAGACAUGUCGGAGCGGGAAAAGCUGAAGGCUGUUCAGCAGGCGAUGAAAAAGGGAGCGAAACAGGACAUCCCUUCCAAGGUUUACGUCGUGGCGGGCAAGGGGCCCUCCGGCACCAAGAAGAAGGGCGCCAAGAUCAAGAUGGUGGACGCGAGGAUGAAGAGCGACACGAGGGGGGCGAAACGCUCGAAAGUCAAGCAGGCCACCGGAAAAGCGCCCAAGAAGAAGAAGGGCAAGGGGCGACAGGGCAGGCAUUGAUGAUGUUUCUAUGUUCCGCGAUAUGGUACUGGCGGCGUUCCAUGUUGUCGAUUGGCGUUGCUUCUGCGACAUUUUUUUUUCUAUGUACAUGACGUCGGCAACUCGGAAACUAAUGGUGGGAGAUAGUCCCCCCCCGGCGGUGGCAUUGCAUGUUUUGUCGAUGGGCUUUGUCUUUCGGGGGCGUGAGUAUGUGCGUUUAGUCGGCAUAUUUCGACAUUUAACAUGACGUCAGAAACCACGUUCGAGAGGAUACGCCUCAAGUUUUGUGGAUUACCGGCGCUGUCUUGCUGUUUUGAUUCCCGAUAGCACAGCCGGUUGUAUCGAUGUAAGUAUCGUGAUAAUGAGGAAUUGAAUCUGAUGUGUUGAAAUUUGUUGUAGUGAUUCAGACGCCACAGCAGUCUCUCACGCGUGAAAAAUCCAGGGCACGCCUAAAAUGGUGACUGACUACUCUUUUUUGCCCGUUCUGUUGUGGAACACCAUGUAAUCAAUGAAGGAAUAUGUUGGUAAUUGUACUUCGU